UGCUUUGGUGUCUCUCCUGCAAGGGCUGCAUCGCUGUCCCCUCCCUCCUGGGAUCUGGAUUUGCUAGAGCUUCUCAUUACAACAGACAGAACUCGGCAGAAGACCAAAGGGUUCCUUCCGAUCUCUUAGAGGCUUCCUGAGAGCACAGAUGGAUGAGCAAGACUCAGCUGGCCCUGGAACAGGAAGAGGCCAUGUCAUCCAAACUGGGAGCAGUGGGGGAUUCUGGGAAAACCCAGUGCCAAAGAUCCUGGGUGAGGAGGACACCCUCCGCUCAGAGGUGCAGAGUCAGAAGUUGAGGCAGUUCUGCUGCCAGGAGGCCAAAGGACCCCGAGAGGUUUGCAGCCGACUCUACCACUUUUGCCACCAGUGGCUGAAGCCGGAAAGGCACACGAAAGCUGAGAUGCUGGAUCUGGUGAUCUUGGAGCAGUUCCUGGCUGUCCUUCCCCCAGAGAUGGAGAGCUGGGUGAGGGAAUGCAGAGCGGAGACCAGUUCCCAGGCGGUGGCCCUGGCUGAAGGUUUCCUCCUGAGUCAGGCAGAGGAGAGAAAGCAGGGAAAGGAUCAUUUUGCAGAAAUGGACCUGGAUUCCUGUGAGGCAGAGAGGCCUCCGUUGGACACCAGAGAGAGGCCACUGGGUAAGGAGGAAGGUGGUUUUUCUCCAUUUGGUCUCAUUCUGUUGGUUUUCCAACUCAUCUGAGGGUUCUUUUCAUCUUGUUUUGGGGGGAGACAGUUGGGAACAAGGGUCCAGAGGAGGGGAGAUGUAUUUCUGCACAACAAACAUAUGAAAUGGGCACAUACUUCCAAAUGCUCUCAGCAGGUAAGGCUUUCUCAAAGGCCCAUCUGUAAUUAGAGAUGCCCUGUUUCACCUGUGAGAGAAGCAGGCACUCCAGGAGUCCUGUUUACCUUUU